CUGUACCAAGCAGUGGUUCAAGAUCAUUCAGUCUGAAGCAGAUUCGAUUGGAGCGCUUCUGGUGAAAGGUAUCUUAGUAUAUACACAAUGUAAUAGAAACCGUCGAUUGUUUGUCAGGUCUAAUUUGUUUGUAAUAUAUUAAUUGUGCAAAAUGAUCGUUAUAUGGACAUUGCUUGCAGUUUUUCUGCUUCAAACAGUGGUGCAGUGUCAGCAACAUAACGAACAAGCGUCACAGUGCCCAGAACAGUAUGGAGAACAGACAUACCCUCAUCCCGAGUUGUGUGAUCAGUUUUACUUAUGCACAAACGGCACAUUGACUUUGGAACAAUGCGGAAAUGGUUUGUUGUACGAUGGCAAAGGUGCUGUUCAUCACCACUGUAAUUACCAUUGGGCUGUUCAUUGUGACAAGCGCAAAGCUGAUCUUGUUCCUGUUAGUUCUCCUGGAUGUGAAUAUCAGUUUGGAUUGUUUUCUGACGGAAAUGUCUGUAGUACCAAUUACGUAAAAUGUGAAUAUGGUGAAGCAUACAGUUUGCCGUGCGAACCAGGAUUAGCAUAUGAUGAUAGAAUUAAAAAAUGUAAUUGGCCUGAUGCUUUAGUCGAUUUAGGAUGUAAUCCUUCAGCAAUUGUCGGUUUCAAUUGCCCGGAAAAAGUAGAUCCACACUCGGUUUCAGCUAAAUUCGAACCUUACCCAAGAUUUCCCAUUCCUGGAGAUCCACACAGACUUAUUACCUGUGUCAAUGGACAUCCUAGAUUGAUAUCUUGCGGCGAAGGAAGCAUUUUGGAUGAGUCAUCAUUGACUUGCGUUGAACAAGAAUCUCACUACAGAAACAGAAAGUAAAUUGUGUAAUUAGAAAAUUUGAGCUAUGUUCUGUCAUAAUUUCUGUCAAAAAUUGAUUAUUCAUCCUCUAUGAAUAAAUAUUACUUUAAAAUUAAAGAUAAAGUGACAAUAUAAAUAAAUAAAAAAUAAUUAUUGCUGUAAUCCUUAUAUUAAUAUAUAUAAUGCAAAGUAUUACUUAUAGUUCUAUUUUAUUCCGAACAACUGAAUAUUUACUUUAAUGGUUGAAAAGAUUAGUCACAUAUUUAUUACCCAUAAUAAAUAGAGUUGUAAAGUAAAACGAAGUGUCAAAUAAAGUUGUAGGUAUUUCAGAUUCAUAUAAAAGCUGUAUUGUAACAAAAUGUUAUUUAAGUUCUAAUAAAAUGUAAAUAAAAUUAUAAUCAAUUAUUAAUA